AUGUCCUCCAAUGGCCAGAAUGUCCGCGACUUUGCCCUGGGGGUUUCGAUAGGAAUCUUCGGCUUCUCAUAUUUUCUAAUUUAUGCGUUGCAAUUUUUCAUUUUCCACUUCCCCUCAACUCCGGGGGAAAUCAUUAUCGCCUUGUCCGUGACGGGGUUUGGGAUUGGGAUUGCCCUUUGGUAUUUGAAUCUCAUUUAUCACCACAUGAUUAAGGUGUUCGAGUAUGAGGAUAUAACGGAUGAGCAGGAUUCACCCCACCUUGGUCGUCUGUUUCUUCUCUGGGUUGUCACACUUCCAACAAUUCCAUUCUUAUUCUCAGGCCAGCCACUGCUACAGAUUUGGUAUACAUCGUCUUUGACGGGUAUCACAGUGGGAAACUUACCUCGCUACCUGCUUCUUGGGCAGACUGAUGACGAUGACGCCCCUUUGACUGAUUUCUCACUUCAUAUGACAUCUGUCAGCCUGGUUGCAUCAAUGCCGACUAUCCAUGCACUUGCGAAACCUAUCUUCACACAACACCAGUUGCAACUCGCAAUUUCUUUUGGCGAAUUGAUGAUUGGGGGUCUUCUUGGCAGAACUUUGUAUCUUCUUCGGCCUCUGGAAAGAAUGGGAGUUGCUCAGAACUGGCACCCGAGCCUGCAUGGAAUGCAUCUAAUUUGGACUUAUAAUCUCGUGUCAUUCUCCAACGCGGUGCUGCAAACAGCGAUCCACCAUUGA